AAAACUAUAUCCCAGCAGCUGCGCAAAGUCUGCGUAAUUCUAGCUCAGUCUGGGUGCCAAGAAAAAGAAAAAAAGUAAACUCGUGUUGUCCAAUCAGAGCUGCAGAAAAGUAAAACGCCCCGUAAUCUGACCAAUCAGCAUCGCCUUUUCUCGGAAUGAACUUUUUUUUUGUGUGACUCAUUUUACACAGCUCCAAUAUAAAAGACUCUUCAUAAAGCUAUAAAACAUUUCCUUCCUCCUCGUAACUGCAGUGAUCAUCAUUUUCACACUAAUAUUAAUGUUUUAAAUCGCGAUAUAAGCUGAAAGAUUCAGUUUUACAAUGUUUUGAUCAUUCAUUUCAGUCAGGCUGCUUCGUAAACGGCUUAUAAUCCCUAAUCAGAGGAUCACGGCGACACGAGGAUUAAGCUAACAGACUAAACUCAUAUGUUUUGUAGGUAUUUAAGGAAAUAAAAUUCAGAAACGAGGUAAAUAACGUGUUAUUGUGGAGCUCUGUUCCGGAACGCGAGUAUUUAGGGAUUUUGCCUCGAGUCGGACGGUUUUCCUACCCCCACCGCAGCGGUGUGAUGGCUUCGCUGAGGGCGGCACUAUGCGGACGCUUCCUGCAGCCUCUCUCCUCGUCGUUUGGAUCCUUCCGCUUCGCCAGCUCAUCUUUCAAGGCUGCCGACCUCACCGUAGAGAAGAGCCAUGAUCUGAAGCCCAAGCCGGACCCGUCCACCCUGGUGUUUGGGAAGCAGUUCUCAGACCACAUGCUGACCAUUCACUGGUCAGAGAAAGGAGGAUGGGAAGCCCCUCAGAUCAAACCUUUUCAAAACCUCUCCAUUCACCCGGCAACCUCCGCUCUCCACUACUCAGUGCAGCUGUUUGAGGGGAUGAAGGCAUUCCGAGGUGUGGAUAACCACGUCCGCCUGUUCAGGCCGAUGCUGAAUAUGGAGCGCAUGUAUCGCAGUGCAGACCGCUGCUGCCUCCCUGUUUUUGACAAGCAGGAGUUACUGGAGUGCAUUAAAAAGCUGGUUGAAGUGGACCAGGAGUGGGUCCCCUACUCCUCAAACGCCAGUCUGUACAUCCGGCCCACUUACAUUGGAAUGGAGCCGUCUCUGGGCGUGUCUCGGUCAGGCCAGGCCCUGCUGUUCGUCAUCGUGGGGCCGGUUGGGCCGUACUUCGCCACCGGAACCUUCAACCCCGUAUCCCUGCUGGCAGACCCCCGCUACGUCCGAGCCUGCAGGGGAGGUGUGGGGGCUUACAAGAUGGGAGGUAACUACGGUCCGACUAUAGCGAUCCAGACUGAGGCACAGAGGCAGGGCUGUCAGCAGGUGUUGUGGCUCUAUGGGGAGGAUGAGGAGAUCACGGAGGUCGGCACCAUGAACCUCUUCAUCUACUGGACUACUGAGAAAGGAGAGCGAGAGCUGGUCACUCCUCCACUAGACGGCAUCAUUCUUCCAGGAGUCACCAGGCAGUCUCUGCUGGAUCUGGCCAGAGAAUGGGGAGAGUUUAAGGUGACUGAGCGGACUGUGGGUAUGAAAGAGUUCCUGGAAGCUCUGAAAGCUGGUCGGGUGCGAGAGGUGUUUGGAGCAGGAACCGCCUGUGUGGUGUGUCCCGUCGGCAGUCUGCUCUACAAAGGACAGACCUAUCAGAUUCCCACUAUGCAGAAUGGUCCAGAGCUCGCCACCAGGUUCUUCAAGGAGCUCACAGACAUACAGUACGGACGCACAAAGAGGGACUGGGCCCCAGUCGUCGUCUAAAUGGCCAGUCAGAUUGCCGAACUAGACCUCCUCCUUCCAAUCAACUGUAAGAACCGUGUGUACCGGACCUCCUGCCCUUAACCCACUGAUACUCCUCCAUGCUGGCAGGCUGUGCUUACGGUCGUCGUCGCCUAGUUCUGUUUGUCUUGUGUUGUGUGUAGGGACUUUUUUAAAGGGAUAGAUUUAGUUACUCUCAUGUAAACUGCUUUACUGAACAGUCCGUUAAAAACACCACUAAAACGUUUAUGCAAAGCAGCCGAAAACGGCCUUAGGUCCAGCACGACUCUAACACACCUCUGUAUGCGUCCGUUAUAGAUGUAUUUUUCUUACUCAUCCACUCGUUUGUCCUUUAUGGUACAGUAUCUGCUUGUGAGGUAGAAUACAAGCACAGUUUUACACAUAUAAUAGGUGCAAUAAGUCUGCAGUCGGACAGGUCAGGAAAUCUGUCUGUUCUUUCCCCUGUUGACCAGUUACUGAUGCAGAUGUCUGCUGGGUACUGACAGAACUUGAACUGUUACCUUUCUAAUAGGAAAAAAAAACCUUGAACAAAGUAGGAAUGAAUGUCAAAUGAGGAACAAAAGUGAUUAAUGUUGUUAACUGUAGGUGAGCUACAGUAGAAAUGUGCUAAUCAAUCACUUGCGUAGCCUGUCCUUGCUGUUCUUCCAAGCUGGAUAUUUAUUAGCAGUGGCUAGCUUCAUAUGCCCACUCAUCAGACAUGUUUCCACAGUGUGGAUGGCUCUAAGGAAGGCUUUAAAACGUGGCAAGACUAUUUUGAUGUGUUCUGAAUUAGAUGUGCAGAGAGUUAUUUUUGAAAAAGAUGAGAUGCAGUAAUUUUGAAGUUCGCACAACUGUACUGUCAGUAUAUUACACGAAGAAAACGAAUGUGUUUUUUCUAAUAUGGCCAAGAAACAAAAGUAUGUUACGUAAAUAUAUAUGUGUAUAUAUAUUUGUACCCGAGUUAUUUGGAAAGGAGCACAAAGAAAGAAGCACUGAGGCUGUUUUUAGAGUAAAAUGCUUUUAUAAGUUUUAGUUUGUUUUUUUUCUCUAACACAUAAAACAAAUCUUUGAGUUUAGAUAAAUUGUCCUGUCCAUGCUCCGCCCACAGACGCAUUAUUUUAAAGCUACAAAAAACUACAACUACUAUCCCAAUACCUACGUUUAGAGUCGGUUAUUCAUUCAGCCUAACUGAGAAACUGUAGAACAGAUUCAGUUUAUAUCACAAUACCUACAUUUAGAGCCGGUUAUUCAUUCAGCCUGAUGAGAAAAUGUGGCACCAAACUUUGUCACAGUAUUUAAUUUCACAGUGGACCACACAAAAUUGUGUUGUCACUAUAUAACAGUGUCCAGUUUAAAAUGCUACAUUGAUCUGGAUUAUUGUAGCUAGGGCUGCAUUGAUAUGGAAAUUAUGGGCCAAUUCCACUAUCCAGUAUUUUUAUAUAUAUUAAUAUUUUUAUUCUUAUGCAUAUACCUGUCAAUGAGAAUGAAUUUGUAGAGCAUCACGAAGGCAAUAAAUAAAUAAAACGCAUAUUUUUUAGCACAGUAAUCCAGAAUCAAAUAUAAAAUAUUGGUUUAAAAUAAUAUGCUUCAAAUCUAAUCAUGUGUCAGAUGUCUAAUUUUUUCAGUUAUCUGCUGAUAUUCAUAGGACUCUGUGCAUUCACAGUUGUGGGUACCCUUAUAGCGAGCAUAUAUCAGUCCACUGGCUUGAUAAGAUCGGCACCCCGCUGACUGUUCGCCACUGCUGGUCCACCCUCAGACCACCCAGAUUACUGUCCUGCAUACAAGCUCUGUCUAGUUUUUUAAUCUCCUCAGAUUUUAAAUACACAGACUUUUAUUUUAGAAAAUAAACUGAGAGGCAAAAAAUGAUUUUAUAGAAGAUGUUGUUGCUUGAUUCCAUGUUGAUUCCGUUAAAUGAGAGGUUAAUCAUUCAGAUUAUCAGCUCAGGCAUUUUGAUAAAACUGAAUCCAGCACUACCGUUUCUUCAGGUUGUCCAGCUGAGCUGCAGCUGCUACAGGAUGCAUUUGAGGGCGGAGCAUGAACAGGUCAGUUGUGUUGGAUCUCCGGUUCUGUAGCCCUGCAGGUGGUUCUGUUGUUAUAAAACACGAUUUCUGAGUGAACUGACAGAUCCUGCAUUAUGCAAUACCUCCCAAACGAGCAUCACCUUUAUGUUAGCAUUAAAAAGCCCAAAUGAGGUAAACGCUACUUGCACAGUAAUGUGGCUUCAGUGGCUCCUAUAGAGGCUCUUGAGGGGUAAAGGUUUCUGAGCAACCCUGUGUUUCGUCAUUGUGAAGCUUGUACGUGUACGAUGGUGUGAUUUUAACUUGUGUUCUUUUAUCAGACUCCUGUUUGUUUGUUCUUCUUCUGGUCUUUCUUAUUUCGUCUAUUAGCUUUUUAAACCUUCCCUUUCAUGGUGCCGCCUCAUCAGUGACCCCCCCCCUCUGUCCCUUUCUUUCUCCUAAGUGCCUGAUGGAGUCUGUUCUGUAGCUGAUUCUGUUUUCACUCGUGUGUUUCUGUCUCUGCUGCACUAAGAGCUAAGCUGCUAUGUUCUCCAUCGCUUUAUGUGAUGUAAUGUGAGGGUUUUUGGAUGGACUGUAGGUGCAUUUACCAUUUGCUGUUAUUGUAUUUUUACAAUAAAUCUGUGGAUAAACAAUA